CGGGGAACAGCGGGAGUGUGUAGUACCACGUCUCCAGAGCUGGAUCGUGUAUUCGAACUGGUAGGCACGCUUGCCCACACGAGGCAGGCGGCUGGGAGGCGAUUACAAAUAGCGAUUGAAGAGACAACUACCCAGCCCUCCCGCCCGGCACAAAACGGAUGCUGCCGACACACAGCCCCAGCAUUGAACAAGCCGGAACCAACCACGGGGUUGCAAUUGUCACAAACUUGGAAACAGUCCGGCGGAGCCAGCCAGCCCCUCCUCCGCACGCGGCGGGGCCGCUGUCAACAAUUCGGCCGAGCUGCCCGUCAACUGCGCUUGUGGCUGCGCAGAGACUCGAGGUUGGGCUUGCAAUUUCGAGAAAUAGCACCCUCCAGCGACAUGCACCUGCAGGGUGGAGCGUGUGGCUGCACGAGAGUGUCUCUCCAAAAAGUCGCCGAGCACGAGACACCUGGUCUUCUGGCUGACCAAUACAUGGCAGUUUUGGGCGCCCUACGGGAACAUUAAGCCCGGCGGAGAGACCAUCAGCUCCACAUUCUUGCAAGCGGUACAUAGCUAUUACGCGUGU